ACUUUGUCAAAUCUAAUUAUUCAUGGAAUGAUUUGCACUUGUAUUAUAUUUUACGCCAAAAUCAUUUAAUUUUUGUCCUAUACAAUAUGGUGUUUUCAAAUAUACACCCAAUGUACUAUUAUUUGGAUUUAUUUAGUGGUUAGUUAGCCACCGGAAUUGACCAUUAUUAUUGGUUCACUGAUCAUCAAAGAAAAAAAAAAGAAUAUUAAGUUCACAAAUCUUCAAAGGCAUAAUUCAAAAAAAUCUUAUUACUGUUAUUCACGUAUCACUGCAAGACAUAAGCUUCACUUCAAAUUACUCAGUUUCAAUCCUCCACUCUCUUCCCUAUUCUUACCAUGGCAGCAGAAAUGGUUACAGGGGCUCUUGUGUCUACUUUCGCUGAGAGGACUAUCGACACUUUGGCUUCACGUUUUGUGGACAUAUUCCGUGCAAGAAAAAACAAUAAGAAGCAACUCAGCCACUUGAAGAUGAAGCUCCUAGCCAUUGAUGUUGUGGCUUUUGAUGCAGAACAAAAGCAGUUCAUAGAUCCACGUGUCAGAGAUUGGCUUCUCAGGGCCAAAGAUGUUGUGUUUGAUGCAGAGGAUCUCUUGGAUGAGAUAGAUUAUGAACUCUCCAAAAGCCAAGUGAAAGCUGAGUCUCAUAGCACUUCUAAGAAGGUGUGGAAUUCCUUCAAAUCUUCUUUUGUCAGUUUAUUUGUAAAUGAGAUUGAAUCCAGGUUAUAAAUUGUCAAACACAUCUUUGCCAAAUGAAAGUGUUAUGUAUGGCAGAGAUGAUGACAAAGAAUUUGUGUUUAACUGGCUCACAUCUCACACUGAUAACAAGUUAUCUAUACUUUGUAUUGUGGGCAUGGGUGGGUUGGGUAAGACCUCACUUGCUCAACAUGUAUUCAAUGACCCAAUGAUUGAUGGUAAAUUUGAUAUUAAAGCUUGGAUCAGUGUUCCACAAGAAUUUGACGUUCUGAAUGUAUCAAAAGCAAUUCUAGACACAAUUGCUGGUUCAACUGAUCAUAGUAUACAACAGGAACUGGUUCAGAGAAGGCUGAAAGAAAAAUUGACAGGGAAAAAAUUUCUUUUCGUUUUGGAUGACGUUUGGAAUGAAAGACAAUCUAAAUGGGAAGAUGUGCAGAAGCCUCUACUUUUUGGAGGCCAAGGAAGCAGGAUUCUUGUCACUACACGGAGUGAGAAGGUUGCUAUUACCAUGCGAUCAGAAAAGUACCUUCUGCAGGUAUUAAGAGAAGAUUAUUGUUGGGACUUAUUCGCAAAACAUGCAUUCCAAAGUGGUACUAAUCCUCAACCAGAUCCAGAGUUCAUGGAGAUUGGUAAGAAGAUAGUUGGGAAAUGUAAUGGGCUCCCUUUAGCCUUGAAAACAAUGGGAAGUUUAUUACACAAUAAAUCUUCCUUGUGCGAAUGGGAAAGCAUUAUGAAAAGUGAGAUAUGGGAUUUUUCAGAAAAUGAAAGUGAUAUACUACCAGCUUUAAGACUGAGCUAUCUAUAUCUUCCUUCUCAUCUGAAGAAAUGCUUUGAAUUUUGUGCCUUAUUUCCCAAAGGUUACAUAUUUAACAAGAAAUGUUUAAUUGAAUUGUGGAUGGCUGAAAACCUUCUAGAAAGUCCUGUACAGAAAAAGAGUCCUGAAGAAGUUGGUAAACAAUAUUUCAGUGAUCUAUUAUCAUUGUCCUUUUUUCAACAAUUAGGCAAGGAAGAGGGAGUGUGUUUUAUCAUGCACGACCUUCUAAAUGAUUUAGCAAAAUAUGUCUCUGACGGCAUCUACAUCAGGUUAGGAGUUGAUGAACUAAAAGGUAUACACAAGACAACCCGUCAUCUUUCAUUUUCAACCACUAGAUCCCUUUUUGAUGGGUUUGGGAGUUUGAUUGAUACUCAAAAGUUGCAUACAUUUAUUCCAACAAGUUGGUAUUGGUCUUGGAAAAUGUUAGCUGAUGAUAACUUCGUUUCCAAAUUUAAGUUCAUGCGUGUCUUAUCUUUGUCUCAUUGCCAUAACCUUAGAGAGGUGCCAAAAUCUGUAGAAAAUCUUAAGCAUCUCCGUUCAUUAGAUCUCUCCUAUACUAGCAUAGAAAAAUUGCCUGAGUCAAUAAGUUUACUCUACAAAUUGCAAAUACUAAAGUUGAACGGCCGUCGAAGAUUGAAGGAGCUUCCCUCAUAUUUGUAUCAACUCCACAAUUUGUGUUGCCUUGAAUUUAUAGCUUCUGGAGUAAGAAAUUUUCCAACACAUUUGGGAAACCUAAAAAAUCUCCAAGUGUGGAUGAGUAGCUUUUGCGUGAAGAAAAGUAAGGAAUUCAAUAUUCAGCUAUUAGGAGAACUCAAUCUUCAUGGAAGCCUAACCAUUGAUGAGCUUCAAAAUAUUGAGAAUCCCUCUUAUGCAUUAGAAGCAGAUUUGAAGAACAAACCACACCUUGUGGGCCUAAGGUUAAUAUGGAAUUUCGUGGGUUGCUCCUCUUUUGAUUCAAUAAAAGUUAGGGAUGUAAUUGAGAAUCUACAACCUUCAAAACACUUGAAGACAUUGUCAAUAGUGAACUUUUGUGGUAAACAAUUUCCAAAUUGGUUACUCAAUAAUUCAGUACCGAAUCUGGUGUCCUUAGUACUACGCAAAUGUAAAUCUUGCCAACGUUUACCUCCGCUUGGUGUUUUGCCAUUUCUGAAGAGGUUGGAGAUUUCAGGGUUUGAUGAGAUAGUGAAUAUUGAUGCUGAUUUUCAUGGGAACAACUCUUCUUCAUUUAAAUCCCUUCAAACAUUGGAAUUUUCCUAUAUGACUCAAUGGGAAAAGUGGGAAUGCCAAGCUGUGACAGGUGCUUUUCCACGUCUACAACGUCUUUCUAUAAGUUCUUGUCCCAAGCUGAAAGGACAGUUGCCAGAGUUUGUUGCUUUAAAAAAACUAGAAGUUUUUGACUGUGAACAACUAGAAGAUUUGAAUGUCAGUGCUCCAGAAUUACAUAUACAAGACUUCAGAAAGUUGCAAUUGGACUGGACUACAAUUAAAAGGGACAUUAUAUUCGACACUUCUUCGGAACACUUACACAUUUCAUCACCAUUGAAGUCGGUCAGAGAUGAUCCUGAUCCUCUUAGGAACUUUUCACUGAAUUUCUUCCCAUCAUGGACAACGCUUACUAUCAAUGGGUGUGCUAAUGUAGAAGAGAUGAUUUCACAUGAUCACACUAAUAAUCUUCUCGAAGAUCUAACAAUCAAAAAAUGUCCUAAAUUGGAAUCAUUGCCUGCAAACAUGCACAUGCUGCUUCCAUCUCUCAAGAGGUUGAGCAUAUAUGAUUGUCCUAGACUUGAGUCCUUCCCAGACAGAGGUUUGCCAUCAAAUAUAAGUUAUAUGACUCUCAUCAAUUGCUCUAGACUUAUUGACUCACUCAAAGGAGCUUUGGGAGGCAAUCCUUAUUGUUUGAGAAGCUUGUGGAUUGGAAAGAUGGAUGCAGAAUGUUUUCCCAAUGAAGGUUUGUUGCCACUUUCUCUUACUUCUCUGGCCAUAUCUCAUUGUCGAAAUCUGAAAGAACUGGACUACAAGGGUCUUCAUCAACUCUCAUCUCUCAAGACACUGAGUCUCUGUGUCUGCUCCAACCUCCAAUGCUUACCAGAAGAGGGUCUUCCCAAAUCAGUUUCAUAUCUUGAAAUAGGUGAAUGUCCAUUACUGAAAGAGCGUUGCCAGAAAGAAGGAGGCAAAGACUGGAAAAAGAUUGCUCACAUUGUUACUGUGAAGAUAUGGUAGCGAAGUUGUGUUUUUGAAUACUCAUGUUACCAAUUUUGUUUUUGUUUCGAAGCAAAGUGCAGCUAUAUAACCUAUAUCAUCAAGUCUUUAUUUUUUGUUUAAUAUUGGUCCACAAAAUUUAUUAGUAU